AUGUAAUACGGUCUUCAGUGCACUAUGUGUUCACUCACCCCAACAUAGAAAAGAUGCCUUCUCUCCUACAAUCUCUCUCGUCAAGCCCAUCUCUUGCUCCUCCGAGAAACAAGCCACGAGCUUCACCCCAGGCGCACAGUAGCAGCGUCAUCAGCACAAGAACAACCACCCUGAGUAUAGUAGUGAGAGCUAACACUAAAACUAAAACCAAUAAGCAAGACGACGACUACCAUGCCACCCUCAAAGCACUCAACUCCAAAGGCCGUACGCCUCGAAAAUCCCUCGGCCAGCAUUACAUGUUGAAUUCUUCAAUCAAUGAGCAGCUUGUGGCUGCGGCCAAUGUGGAGGACGGAGAUGUGGUCCUAGAAAUAGGACCAGGAACUGGUUCUCUAACCAAUGUUCUCGUUAAUGCCGGUGCAACUGUGCUUGCCAUCGAAAAGGAUCCAUAUAUGGUCACACUUACAAGAGAACGAUUUGCUGGUAUAGACAGGGUAAAGAUUUUGCAAGAGGAUUUUACGAAAUGUCACAUUCACUCCCAUUUGUUCUCGUUAUUGGAAAGGAAAAAGUCACCGGAUGCAAAAUCACAAUGUGCAAAAGUAGUUUCCAACCUACCGUUCAAUAUAAGUACAGAAGUAAUAAAGCAACUUCUUCCAAUGGGUGACAUUAUCUCAGAAGUUGUUCUGUUACUCCAGGAGGAAGCAGCUUUACGCUUGAUGGAAUCAUCUUUGCCAGCAUCUGAGUAUCGACCCAUCAAUAUCUUCAUCAACUUUUAUUCAGAUCCUGAAUACAAAUUUAAUGUCCCAAGGACAAACUUUUUCCCCCAACCUAAUGUUGAUGCAGCAGUUGUUGCAUUCAGGCUAAAGCAAGUUGCAGACUAUCCCCAAGUUUCUUCCACUAAAAGCUUCUUCUCAAUGGUGAAUUCCGCAUUCAAUGGGAAAAGAAAGAUGUUGCGGAGAUCACUCCAGCACAUAUGCACCUCCCUUGAGAUUGAAGAAUGCCUUGCAAAUGCAGGGCUUCCAGUGACAUCAAGGCCAGAGGAGCUCACAUUAGAUGAUUUUGUAAGAUUGCAUAAUCUUAUUGUGAAAGCAUAGUGCUUUUGAAAUCACCAACGGCAAGUUCUCUCAAGUUCUGAUCAGAGAAGGAACUCAACAAUUUACAAACACGGCUGUGAAGUCCUUUUCCAUGGCCGAAAGUGCAUAGAAAAUUGGUGGUUACAAGUGUGCAGCCAAAAUGCAUCCAAGGCUCCGGCUGGAUAUUCAAUGUGAAACAACGUACUCGUCCAGCAAUGUUCUCCCUGUAGAUUUUUUUUUUUUUUUUUUUUUCUCCUGAAUGUCGCUGUAGAUUAAUUAUAUGAUCUAAGGGCACCCUGCAAAUUAUGUAUCAUAAGUUAUUGUGUUACCAUUCAAGCACAGAAGCACUGAAUUGUACUACAAUGAUGUCCCUGCAAAUUAAAAUCAUUUUUUUGUUGAA